AAAUUUUGAAAUAAAAAAAGUGAGGCAAGAUCCAUUUUUGGCGUAAUAUAACCUUAUGCAGCGCCUAUAUAUAGAUAGAUGGUGGAGUAGGUUUCUACACACAAACAAUUGAAUGGAACAAACACUCCCAUUCAUGAAUAUGAGGUUUACAACAGUAACAUUAAUACUACUUGUUAGUAUUAUAGGAUGCAGCUUGGCAGAGCAAUGUGGUAGCCAAGCUGGAGGUGCUCUGUGCCCCGGAGGAACAUGCUGCAGCAAAUAUGGUUGGUGUGGAUCAAACAGCGACUACUGCGGAGAUGGUUGCCAAAGUCAAUGUGGUGGAGGUGGCGGAGGUGGUGGUGGAGGUGACCUUGGUAGCCUCAUCUCCAGGGACACUUUCAACAAUAUGCUCAAGCAUCGCGAUGAUAAUGGAUGUCAGGGGAAAGGCUUUUACACCUAUGACGCUUUCAUUUCAGCUGCGAAAGCUUUCCCAAACUUCGCCAACUAUGGAGAUACCGCCACUAAAAAAAGGGAAAUUGCUGCUUUCUUUGGACAAACUUCUCAUGAAACAACUGGUGGAUGGCCAACUGCACCUGAUGGUCCAAACGCUUGGGGUUACUGCUUUGUCACUGAACGAAAUCCUAGCGCCUACUGUCGACCGAGCUCUGAAUUUCCAUGUAAUUCAGAUAAACAAUAUUUUGGUAGGGGUCCUAUUCAGAUCACUUGGAAUUACAACUAUGGACAAUGUGGAAGAGCAAUUGGUGUUGACUUGCUCAAUAAUCCAGACCUCGUUGCGAAUGAUGCUGUUAUAUCCUUCAAAACCGCUUUGUGGUUCUGGAUGACGCCUCAAUCGUCAAAGCCAUCAUGCCACGAUGUUAUAACCGGACGAUGGAAUCCUUCGAGUGCGGAUCUUGCUGCAGGAAGGUUUCCAGGAUAUGGGACGGUGACGAAUAUCAUAAAUGGAGGACUUGAAUGUGGAAUAGGGGUGGAUACUAGAGUGCAAGAUCGAAUCAGAUUUUACAAGAGAUAUUGUGACAUGUUUGGACUUCAAUAUGGAGAUAAGCUUGCUUGUUUUUCUCAGAGGCCAUUUGGAUCUUCACUAUUGUUGCCAUCACUAGCUUCUUCUUAACACCAUUGCCACUGCCUAGCUUGUUUGUAUUAUUUUUGUAUUAAAAUAAAUGAUGUGAAUCAUGGUUCACCCUGUGAGGGUAAUUGGGUUGUGUCAGCUACAUGCAUGUUUCUAUAAUGUAAUGUAACAUGUGGGUUGUUGGAACCCACUUGGGGUUGGUUUAGUGGUGUUGGCUUGAGUCCUUGGAGUAUGCUCCUCUCAAGGUCUCAGGUUCGAUCCCCCCUGUUCUCAGGUCUCUGGCUUUAAAUGGGGGCCCUGCAAGUGGGCGGUGAGAUUGGUCCCCUUAUCGGUCCUAAAGCUGGAUACCAAGUUUUUAAAAAAAAAUGUUGGUUGUUGGGUCACGUUUUCAUAACAUGGUGUAUCUCUUAAAUCAUCAUUUCUCUUGAAUUAAUCAUUUAUCCAACAAGAAAGCGUGACCAAAAUGAUAAAAGUAUAAAUAGCAGCCAGACAAGAUAUGAUAAAAGUACCGAUAAAAAAAGAAGAAGAAGAAACCUUCGGCUUUGAAUAUACUAGCAUCAGUCCAUGUUAUGAUUAAUUCAUGCAUCACUAUUGAUGUUUA